AUGAUUCAAGAUUUAACUGAACUGCUCCACCUCUUCCGCACGAAGAAGAUCGCCAUCUCGGCCGACAUCGCUAGGGCCUUUCUGUCAGUUCGUCUGCUCGAAUCAGAACGUAAAUUUGUCAAGUUUUUAUGGUAUAAGGACAAUGAUGUAACCAAGGGACUCGUACCAUACCACUGCAACACCGUAAUCUUCGGAAACGUGUCAAGACCAUUCGCGCUAGCUAUUACGCUGCACAAGCACCUAUCUGCUUUCGAUGGCAAAGUAGCCGAGGACAUGAAAGAAAAGCUUUACGUAGACAAUCUGCUCACCGGGGUGACUGAUGAAGCUGAAGCAUUGGAAUGUUAUACACAGUCACGAGACAUUAUGAACAAAGGAUCAUUUCUGCUCAGGCAAUGGUCCAGCAACUCGCCAAAGUUAAGCGCAGUAGCGGAAUCGGAUGGUUCGAACGCCAAAAGUGAAGAGGUAUCGGUCUUGGGGUUAAAAUGGCACCCAGAAAAGGACACAUUGUCGAUCGCACGCAAGAUCAAGGAACAACCACGCAGCAAGGUAAACACCAAGCGCACCGUUACGUCAGAAUCAGCUUCAGUAUUUGAUCCGUUGGGAUUUUUAGGACCACUACACGUUCCCGCGAAAUCAUUUGAGAAUCAAUUAUGGCAAGCUGGCAAAGAUUGGGAUGACAAGCUUUCCCUGGCCGAAAAUGAACAAUGGAGUAAAGUACAAGUAUCACUCAGCAGAGCCCACGAGAUAAAGAUUCCAAGAUGGUUAGUCGUCGACGCCACCCAACCGCUAGAUAUCAUCAUUUUUUGUGACGCUUGUCCGACCGCAGCCGUAGGAUGUGUUGCUUACGCGAAGCAAGGCACACGCGUGGGACUAAUUGGUUCAAAGAACAAGAUCGUGUCACAGCAAAAUGCCAAACAAACUGUUCCAAAACUAGAGCUAAUGGCUAUGGUCAUGGGGGCACAAUACGGAGAAAUAUUACGCAAGACAUACGCCAAGGAGUGCUUCACCAUCGACAUCACCUACGCAACAGAUUCAGAGAUCGCUCUCUAUGGGCUGCAAUCCGAGAAAAAGUUAACACCCUUUGUAAUGAACCGCGUCAACGUCAUCAGAGAGAAAUCUGACAGCAACAAAUGGUAUCAUGUAGCGACGAAAGAAAAUUCAGCGGAUAUCUUAUCACGUGGCGCCACCUACGAGGAACUGCAAUCCUCCACAUAG